AUGCAAAUCCCUACGGAGAUAUACGAUCAUAUUGUUCAUCUUGUGUGGAACGUAUACAAUGAGUUCUUAUAUUUGGAAGACGACGCUAGGAAUUACUCGAUCAUUGGAGGCGGGGCUCGACGGGACUUAGCCAACCUACGCCUUGUCAACAGGGCCUUCUGCCGCAGCGCGUCACCCUGGCUGUUCCGGCAUAUCAAUGCGGAGUGUACUUCCUCGCUAGUCACUCCGUCUCUAGAACAGAUUAUGCGGUUAUCGAAAAGCCCGUAUGCUACAUGUGUUUGUCAAAUUGACUUUGGCUUUAAGGAAAGCCGUCAGUCUGAUGCCAGUACACUAUAUAUCGAAGACCUAGCAGAACGGCACUCGUCCCUUCUAAUUAAAUUCACCAAUCUCAGGGCCCUUGGAUUUCACGAACCGCCCUUAUCAUUACCGCAAGCCCAGAGAGCAGCGUACAUAGACACAGUUAUCUCUAUAUUUUGUUACAUACCGCUUCCAAGCCUAUCAGAACUUGAAGUCAGAUUUCCUAUCACCCACGACUUUGGACGUUUCUUUCCGAACAGACCCAAUUCUUUACAAACGCCUAUUGAAGAUAUCAUACAACAUCUUCGACACCUAGGGCUAUACGUUUGUGCAUACACGGAUUCGGCGGACCAGAGGCAUAAGCAGACGCCAGUUUUACCGGAAUAUACUGCCUUUCCUAAUAGCACCUAUCCCCCCCCCAUUUAUUCAGAAUGGUUGAAAAUGCGCCAAAUCUCGAAUCACUCAUCUUGUCUA